GCCUUUCGUCUCGACAGAGUCCAAGAUGUCGUCGCGCACGCUGCGUACGAUGCAGAGCCUCGGGCGCCAGAGCAGCCUCGCCGAGCUCCACGACGAGGCGCAGAACUCGGGCGGCUUUACCGGCUACCUCACGACGACGGUCACCGACUUUUUCACGAGCCCACACAGCGCGUGCAUCAAGUUUGCCGUCGUUAUCGCUGGCAUUGUCCUCACGCUGCCCGCCAUCUUGUUCCCAGUUUGUGUGAGCCUCAAGAUCGAUGGCCACGUGCACUGGACGUGGCUGCAGACGUUCAUCCCGCUCUUCAUCGUCACGGUCGUCUCGUUGCCUCUGUACAUGCUCUUGACGCAGGUCGACAACCCCAAAGUCGGCAACAAUGACGAAGAUGGCCCGCCCAUGUCCAACGACAACACCGACUGCCACGCCAACGACACGUCGGUCUUGCUGCCCUCCUCGGACUCCACCAACCCGCCUCAAAAGAUCUUGACGUGGGGGAGUGUGUUUAGCCUUCUGUGCUCGCUGCUGGCGCACAUUUUUAUCGCGCUUCGCCUCGACAAUCAUAUUGACUGGGCAUGGAUCUAUGUGCUCUUGCCGUACUGCUUGGUCAUUCUCGUUGACCGGUCGUCGUCGAGCGUUCUCCAAGUCCUCCAAGUCGUCUUUGUUGCCGAAAAGCUCGACGGCGGGCUUACGUGGACCUGGCUCGUGGUGCUCCUGCCGACGUGGCUGCCCCUCGCCGUCAUGCUCGUUAUCUUUCCCAUUGGCGCUGCCUUUGCAGUGCUCAUGUUUGCGGGCGACGACGACAGCGCAUCGCCCAAGCCGUGGUGCUUUGCGCUAUCAGUGUUCCUCGGCGUCUUUUCAUUCUUUGCCUUGAUCACGGGACCGCAAUUGUUGAUUGUCCUUCGCCUGCAGUACUUUACGUUCUCGACCAUGUGGAUCUGUGUGCCGUGGAUCAUCAUGUACAGCGUUGUCAUUCUCCUCGCGACACUAGCGGUGCUGGUCCUUGCGUUCCACGGCAAACCGUCGGCGUCUGUCCAGGCGGACGGCGAGAAUACGAUGACCAGCGAAUAUGGCACCGUCUAAACCGACACCAUUUGCCUGCAUCGUCCUGUGCAGGACUGUAAACAGAGUAAUAUAAGUCUACUGUUGGUGCACGUCGUCAGACCAUGCGAG